AUGUCACAAGAGGAUAUAGAUAGUUUUAUGGCUAUUACAGGUGCUGGUAAUGGUGAGUUAGCCCAGAAUUUUUUGGAUAUGGCUGGAGGUAAUUUGGAUACUGCCAUCUCUUUAUUUUUUGAACAUGGUGGGAAUGCACAAUUACAUAACGGAAGGAUGUCUGCUAUUGGUAAUGAAGGUACAGGAUCCACAGAAUAUCAAUCCGAUUCUGAUAUUGCUCAAAAAUUACAAAACGAAGCCUAUGGUGAAGAACCUGUGAGAGCCCCCGAUGUUGCAAGACAUGAAACAUUAACGGAAACACAUGUAUUUCCUGGUUCAUUUGGUGGUGUAGGUGGUAGUUAUGCUCCAUUGAAUAACGCUAAUGAUAUGUAUGAUGAAGGUGCCCCUGAAGGUAUCUUUAAUCAACGUGAGGAUAAUGAAUAUGAGAAUGAUAUGUUCCGUCCCCAUUAUAAUCCAGAUUUAGAUAACAGUGAGGACUCUGAUUCUGAUGAUUUGGAUAUUAAUGACCACGAUUCCGAUUUUGAAUAUGUGGAAGAACCAGUGGUAGAAUUGGAUGAUGAUGGAGAAAUUAAAGAAUACUAUAAGAUGGUGCGUAGACCUAAGAAUUUUACGAAGGAGGAAAGAUUGGCAAGGUUGUUCAGACCGCCUUUUGAAAUAAUAACGAAAUUAUCAUUAGAUGAUGCUAAAUUGAAGGCAAGAAAGAGAAAGAAAUGGAUUAUGGUUAAUAUUCAAGAUUCAGGCAUAUUUCAAUGUCAAACUUUAAACAGGGAUUUGUGGUCAGAAAAGGAUAUUAAGAGGUUAAUAAAGAAAAAUUUUAUCUUUUUACAAUAUCAAUUUGGUUCUCGUUCUGCAGAACCAUAUAGAAAUUUUUACAAUUUACAAAAUAAGGAUGAUCUACCUCAUAUUGCAAUAUUGGAUCCCAUGACUGGUGAACGAUUAAAAAUGUGGAAUCAUAUAGUGCCGAAACCUGAAAAGUUUAUUGAGGAAAUGCAAUCCUUCUUGGCUCAAUUUUCAUUGGACCCUACUUCCACCAAUCCAACUGUUAAUGAACCACCAAAACCUAUAGAUCCAACAACUUUAACUGAAGAACAACAAAUGGAAUUGGCCAUCGAGCAAUCACUAGGUGACUCAAAACAGAACCCAAUUAGUUUUGCAAACGAAAGUGAUAAUGAAAUGGAUGUCGAUAAAGAACCUAUAGAACCUGAAGACAAAGACAUUUUCAUGCAAAUUAAACCUGUAAAACAUGAAGAACCUGGUAAUAAACCAGGUGUCACAACAAGAAUCCAAAUUCGUACUGGGGAUGGUAAGAGAUUCAUUAGAAGGUUUGACUCCAUUGAGGAUACUGUCAGGAUAAUUUAUGAAGUAAUUAAAACUGAGAUGGAAGGCUAUGAUAAUUGUAAAUUUACAUUAAGUGAUCACCAUAGACAUGAUUUGAUAGAGAAAUUGGAUUCAACGAUAAAUGAUGCAGGGCUUAAGAAUAGUUCGUUGUUAUUGGAACAGAUUGAAGAUGAUGAUGAAUGA